ACUAGUUUCGCGUCACUGCGACGGUUGAACUCUUGCGCUUGUCCUCGGUUAUAAGCAAACCAACACGUACUGGAAAAUCCAACUUUGUUAUUGUCAUAUGCGACGGGCCAGGAUUGGUAGAUUACAUGGAUCAGUUAGUAUACGAUCAGCAGAUGAUGACGGCCAUUCUCUGUGCAACCCGGAAGUGACACCCGUUUUCGAUCUAUCAGGUCCAUGGUGGCGAGAUUGAAUGUGUAUCUAACCCGGAAGUAGAGCGGUUUCACAACGAGGACGUAUUAUUUAUGGGUCAUGAUCAAUGCGUGACGGUGUAUAAUUAAUGACAAAAGUAUUUCAACUUCGCAGUAGGAUUCAGUGAAAAUAGUGCGUCGAACAGCGUGGAUUGUAUACCAUGCUAAUCACCGAACCCAGUGACCAACAGAAGUCUAUAGAUUCUGUAUGCCAUAUAUGGGACCAACAUCCUUGCAGUCACGUGGAAUUUUGAACAGUAUCGAGGGAAUAUCUGUGUUGUGUGCUGGUUUCUCUUUCUUCAGGCCGAAAUGUCCCAAACGGGUUCAGAAACAACCGUGAACAACAAAUCCUUCUAACGAAAUUAGAAAUUGAAUGAAACCCCAUGGAAUGUUUGAGAAAGCUGGCAUCUGAUUGGCCUCCAAAAUCCGAUAUUCUCUCAGACAGGUGUCGAAACGGACUAAAGGAUUUGAUUCAGUGAGCAGGAACGUUUACAUUACACCUUGAUUGGUUAAUUCGGAUUGUGUUAUUAAUUUGGCAUAGGAGACAGAACUAACAAGGUGCUCAAAAGGAGUCGCCACACAAGCUUGAUCUAGUCAACUGUUACCUUAUAUAGAGUCGAGAUGGCCGACAUUGGGCAUCAGCCAUUGACUGCCUACGUCGUUGCCUUGGACAAACUGUGCACAGAGUGGAUCCACGGUAGUCAUGACGACGCCACGCCCCCAGGCGAGGAGGAGGGGUCAAUUUGUUUAGACUAUCUGGACACCUACGGGAAGCAGUGUGAUACAUCCGAGAUGGAAACAGCUUACACGGAACUAAGAGCCUGCAAGGCACAACGACAUCUGGAUCAAGCAGCGUCGCAUCGUCGUUGGUUAAAUCUGUGGUAUAAACUUAUCACCAUCGCAGACAUCGACGUUGAAGACGAUCUGAAGGACGUUGUCAAAGUCCACGACCUUAGUAAAUACGGUCCAUAUGAGGUUCUUGGUUACGGGAUAAUGUUCGGGGAGACGGGUAGGUUUAAGAUGUUAGCGGGACGUGAGAAAGAGUUAUGGGACUUGGCUUUGAAGUCUCAUUAUAGCAGUAACCCUCACCACCCCCAGUACCAGGUGGGCGUGGCCAUGGACGGGGUGCAUCUGGAAGAGAGCGUGCUGGACAUGCUGGCUAGCCGGAGUGAGAGGACGCUGUUGGGGGAGUCGUGUGUCACGCCCUCGCAGCUAAUGGACGUCCCUGAGAUAUAUCUAACGCGGUAUGUUCCCCAGGACAAAGAUGGAGUGAAGGUGAAGCUGGCUGGGUGGUUGCAGAAGGUCGAGGGCGUGGUUAAUGACAGGGACGGAGAUGCAGCUGAGUUCAUAGGUCAAUGGGAGGAGCUAAGUGGCAAGACGCUACUGAUACAUGCUAGUGUGAAUGUUUAGAU